UCUUUCGAGCCCGAUACAGUAGUGCACUCGCUAGGAGCUCGAGAGGACAAGUGUACUGCAAACAUUGUUUACACGGAUUUCAGCUCGUUAGUGUUAACAGAGAGCGCUUGUCUUCGUCCGUGAACAGAGCUCUCACUGACGGGUGAUUGACCGCUGUGUGUCAGACGGGAUGGUUUGCUUUGAGAGCUGGUAGAUCACAGGAUUUGUAUUUCCUCCUGGUGUGCUGGUGAACCCUGACACAAUGAAGUCAGAUAUACCAUAUCAAAAGAUGGUUGAUGUGGAGCUAAGCAGAGGAGAAACUCAUCUUGGCUCACAAAAGCAUUACAGGUGUCUGAUCAUCCUCACCUGUUUAACCACAAUACUGCUGAUCCUCCUGUCACUCCAAACCCUGCUUGUUCCCAUGGCAACAUCCUCCUCCUCCUCCUCCUCAUCUGGACAGCAGGAGCAUCUUCUAAUCAGAGAAACCUGUACUGAUCCCUGCAGGAUUGUUCUAGUGGAGAGUAUUCCUGAGGGACUGGUGUUUAACUCCUCGACCACUCAUCAGUCCAUUUAUGAAGCCUGGCUCAACCUUAUAUCUGGUGCUCAGACCAGUCUGGACAUCGCCUCCUUCUACUGGACUCUCACCAAUAACGACACGCAGACACACGAGGCCACAGCCAAUCAGGGUGAGCAGAUUCUGGAGGAGCUAGGGCAGCUCUCGGGGAGAGUCUCUGUCCGAAUUGCAAUCGAUAAACCAUCAGAGAAAAAACCUAUGGGUGACAUCAAGUUCCUGACUGAUUCUGGAGCUGACGUGCGGAUGGUGAAUAUGCGAGAGCUGACGACAGGUGUGCUGCACACUAAAUUCUGGAUCGUGGAUAAGAAGCACAUCUACAUAGGAAGCGCCAAUAUGGACUGGAGGUCACUAACACAGGUGAAGGAGUUGGGUGCCAUUGUGUAUGACUGCAGCUGUCUUGCUGAGGAUCUUGGCAAGAUCUUCGAGGCUUAUUGGUACCUGAAUCAGACCACGACCGUUCCUGCACACUGGCCCAAAAAUUACUCCACAGUGUACAAUAAGGACACACCCAUGCAGCUGUCACUCAAUGGGACCGAUGCCAGCGUCUAUCUAUCAAGCUCUCCUCCUUCACUGUGCGCCGAGGGCCGGACUCCAGACCUGCAGUCUAUCCUCAGCGUCAUCGCUGAUGCCCAGCAGUUCAUCUACAUCGCUGUGAUGGACUAUCUCCCCACUAUGGAGUACUCCAGCCACAAAAGGUACUGGGCAGAUAUCGACACCCAGCUGCGGAGCGCGGCUUAUGAGCGUAAUGUUCGUGUGCGUCUGCUGAUCAGUUGUUGGGAAAAUACCAACCCCAUCAUGUUCCCUUUCCUCCGUUCACUAGCAUCCUUACAGGACAAGAGCACACUGGAUAUUCAAGUGAGAAUUUUUACUGUGCCUGCCAACCCUCGACAGAAACACAUUCCCUACGCCAGAGUCAACCACAACAAGUACAUGGUCACAGAUAAAGUUGCUUACAUAGGCACGUCUAACUGGUCCGGAGACUACUUUGUGAACACCGCUGGAUCUGCGUUAGUGGUGAACCAGACCACAAGCCCCACAGUCCAGGAGCAGCUGCAGGCAGUGUUCGAGAGAGACUGGGACUCUCCGUACAGCACUGACAUCAACCACAGAACCAACCGCAAAGACGUGUGCUAAACCUUCACACCAAAGAGAGCACAACACUGUUAAAAGGCAUUUGCUGGGGGAUGGUUUUCAGGGCAUGUAUAGCAUAGAGUAUACUCUAAAGUAUCAGCUUCCCUGGCCGUCUUUCCAUGAGCUACUUUUGCACUCAGUAAUAAUGAUGAUGUCACUCUCAUCUCUGACCAGUUGCAUAUAUUUUGCACAAAAUGUAUUUUAAAUGGCAAUGCAAUGCAAUACCUCCAGAAAUACUUUCCUGUUGAUUCUUUCUAACAUGGUUUUCCAGGAGAAUUGAUUUAGUGUCUUGUUCAUAGCUGCUUCCUCUUUUUAAAGUGAUUUCAAAGGCUGCAUUUAAAAAUCAUCUCAACAGUAUUAUUCAUGUUUUAAAAAAUCAGAUCUGACUCAUCGAAGAAGCGGGUUUUAAUAACGUCUGUUGCGAUGAACGUCUGCGAAGGCAUUUGUGCAUGUUUGAACACAUUUGUUGUGGUGUCACCGCUAUUGGUCAGCAGCUCUUGAAUGUUUUAAUUCACUCACUUUACUUCAAAGACUUGCAAGGUGAGAAAUUAUGAAGUACGUGGUUUUUUUUUAUUAUGUCUAUUAAUCUGGAAGUGAAAAUGUCUUGGUAUUCGUGUAAAAGAGUCAUUGCCAGACAUGUUCAUCAUUAUAAAGAGGAACAGUGAGUAGUGAUGAGGGAUGUGUGAGUCGGUUUUUAAGAAUUUUUUUUUUUAAAUACGCACACUCCAUUGGCUGUGAACUUUAAAGCAUUUUCAAGGAAGUUUCUUUUCAAAUUAAGUUCAUUUUACAUUUGAAAUCUCUUUGUUUUGAGAGCUGCAUGUUUCAUGAAAGUGUAAACUGUUACAAGCACUUGGGCAACUUUUUCUAGUCAUCUCGAAGUCAUUUUACAUUAAUGACUGAUGAUUAGAAGUGCAACAUUUUUGUCGUAGCAUAGAAUUUGCAUGUGAUUCUGAAAAAACAAUGCAUGUAUAAAAGGCACAUGUUAUUUCAGAUUGUUUAGGAGGGACAUGUUUAACAAAUGUUAUGAAAACCACUCAAGUACACCCUUUCACCACACUCACUCUUUUCUUAAUUCAUUUUCUCUAAGUUUGAUAACAUUUCUCAGUUGCAAUGUAAAAGGUCAUGUCAUGUUCAUUCUUCUGUUUGAUUAAUUCUAUUCAUAUCACAUAAACUUACAUUUAGUCAUUUAUCAAACGCUUUUAUCCAAAGCAACUUACAAGUGAAGACAAUGAAAGCAAUCAGAUUCAACAAAAGCGCCAUAAUAAGCAAGUGCUAUGAUUUUUUGUUAAGUAUAUAAUAGAUAAAAAAUAAAACAAAUAGAUAGAAUAGAGAAAGAUAGUAUUAUGUCUUUUUUUUAUUUUACUUUCACAGAAAACAAGCAUUUAGAAAACGUAAGAGUUCAAGUCUUAAAAGAACCUUUUUUAAUGAUAACGAAACAUAGAUCAAAUAGAACAAGAAUAGAUUGCUACAGUUAUGGUCAAAUAGAGAUGGAAGAUAUGUUUUUUAUCUGUUUCAUGAAGAUGGCUAAGGACUCAGAUUGUAAAUGAAUAAAAAUAAAUAAAUGUGGUUGAUUUUCUUA